UCCGUCGGGAGACCUACUCUACCUAUAUCUACAAGGUCCUUAAGCAGGUCCACCCCGACACCGGAAUCUCAAACAAAGCAAUGUCCAUCAUGAACUCCUUCGUCAACGACAUCUUUGAGCGUAUUGCCGGAGAGGCCUCGAAGCUCGCCGCGUACAACAAGCGUUCCACCAUUUCCUCCCGCGAGAUUCAGACUGCUGUGCGUCUCAUCCUCCCUGGAGAACUUGCCAAGCACGCUGUUUCUGAGGGCACCAAGGCCGUUACCAAAUACCAGAGCUCCAAGUAGUGACGGGGAUAUAUAUCCGAAAGUUUUGAGAUAUGCACUCGUGUUUUCUUCAGCACGUCAGAGGUGCUUCUUGUUGUUGUAGAUAUGGUCUUUGAAAAGUCUUUGGAAUGAAAGAGAGAAUGCCAAAAUUGAGC